CUGACCCCCUCUCUGAUCUCCGGCCACGCCGUCACCAGCUGAAGGCCCCCCCCCACUCGGUCUCCCUCCUGCGUCGCCUGUGGGGCCUGCCGACUUCGCUCGCAUACAUUGGGAGGCUGCUGCUGCUGCUGCUGCUGCUCAGCCCCUCAGCUCGACGCCGCGCGGCAUCCCUCGGGCCACGCGCACGCCCCCCCCCCACGGCACCGGCAGCUGCGAUGGCAUCGGUGAUGUCCGGCGCCGUCGACUGGCUGCUCCUACCCUUCGACCUGUACGUGGAGAUCUUCCAGUACCUGACGGCGGGCGAGCGGGCGAGCGCUCGCGUCGCCUGCCGGGCGUUCCGCGCGCUCCUCGACCACCCGUGCCUGUGGCACGACCGCACGGUGCGCCUGCGCGAGCUGCACCGCUACGACGCUCGCACGUGGCGCACGCUCCAGGGCCGGCGCGUCAGCCGCGUCGAGCUGGCGCGCGCCGCCGCCAAGGACCUGCGCCGCCUGGCCGAGGGCCUGCCCGACGUCACGGCCGUGCGGCUCACGGGCUCGCCCCGCGCCGGCGCGCUGGCGCCGCUGGCCGCGCUGGCGAGGCUGCGCGACGUGUGGCUCGACGACUGCACGCGGCUGUCGGGCGCCGAGCUGCUGCGCGACGUGGCGCCCUUCACGGGCCGGCUGACGCACCUCACGCUGGGGAACCUCACGAGCUUCGGCGACGACGACCUACGCCAGCUGGCGCGGCUGCAGAACCUGGAGGCGCUUUCGCUGCGUCGCUGUCUCAAGAGCUCCGGCGGGUUCAGCAUCUCGGGCCCUGCGCUACAGUACGUGCUGUUCCGGCUGCCCAAGCUGCGCUCGCUGGCGCUGUACGCAGCCGGGCUAUCGAGCGACGGGCUCUCCCUCGCCUUCACGCCGCCCUGCCAGGACCCAGCGUGUAACGCAGAGGGCGAUCUCCCCUGCAUCAAGUCGCUGGCGCUGGAGAACCUGGGGCUGACGCACUCGCUGAGCUGGCCGCUGUCGGACGAGGCGCUGGAUCAGCUGGCGACCGUGCGCACGCUCCUUGUCAACUCGUGCUACCUGUUCCGGCGGAGAGACCUGCCCAUCCGCGAAGUCACUGCUAUCUUCCAGCGCCUACCCAAUGUCGUGCACCUCGACCUGGGAUCCACGAACUGCAAGAACGCGGUGCUGGAGCACGUGCCGGCGUCGCUCCAGUCGCUGGACCUGCGCGACUGCUACAGCAUCUCAGGCGCCGGGCUGCAGUUCCUGUGGAUGCGCCGCGGGCCGCUCGCCGUGCUGCACAAGCUCUUCCCCAACCUCGAGAGCCUCGACCUCAGGGUAUCAACCUCCGCAUCGUCAUCGUCGUCAUCGUCUUCGUCAUGA